CCUGUGUUGACGAUGAUUCAUCGAUGGUACAUCAGCCGAAGCCUCCAAUGAUUCAUUUCAUUGUCAUCAGCAAGCGGAAGCAUACUGUAGUAAAGCAAAACAAUUCUUCCCGCUCCAUUCGUAUUCUUCACAAUAUUCAGUUCUUUUAGCUGAAAAUCAACUGACAACAGAUUGAACCAUCCGAAGCGCCACAAAUUCAAUUUUCUAAAAUGCCAACCGUCUUUCGUCGUACAGUUGCCGUUGUGGCCUUGAUGAGCGCGUGUGUGUGUCAAGGAUUCGUGGUGACUCCCUCGCCCCAAAGUCCCGUCUCCUCCUCAACAGCCUUGGCAUCCCAAUCCAACGACGAUGGAAUCAUCAGUUCAAGGAGACAAGUUCUGAACUCGGCCUUCCUAGCCGCAUUGACUCUGACGCCAGCCGUUGCAGCCAACGCGCUCGAUAUGGAUUCCUUUGCUAAUUCACAGAUUGAAGCCGACACCAAAAACUGUGAUCCCAAGCGCGACCCCAAGUGCAUUCCUAAACUUUCGGCGGACGAAGCUCUUUGCAAAUACGGUCAAUCCGGAACAGCCCGAGGUGAAGCUUGCAGGCGGGUCAAGGCAGCCGGUGGAACCGUCGACAAGGCACCACAGGGAAAGAGUCUGGGAGGAGCAUAUGCCAUGUAAAAAGAAGCUUUGUGCUAAGGCUUAGAUUGCAAAAAUGAACCAAAGAAAUGAAUUUGUGUCAAGGCAUUGCAAACAAUCCACUAUCGUCGCUCAGAUGCGUCUAUUCGAGCAUUCCAUGCCGUCGAAGCAAAAUAAACCGUGCCAAUCCACUUGGGCCCGGCAAUCUUGAUGGAGUAUUUUAAAAACUAAGGGUCUAUUUUGCAGUUGUCGUUGCAGCUCCCACAAUCCGUUCCCCGAUUCGAUUUACAGCUAGAUAGCUCGCGGCAAGGUACGGUGGUACCGGUCGGUAGGUGGCGAGCCUGGACGCCACUCCUGCUACUAGUACCGAUACACCGUGCGUCGACCUACGGUACCAGCAAUCGUCUCGUAACCAACCUGACUUUCCUUGCCAACCGGAGUGACAGAACCUCCAUUUCAACAUGGCAUCGAAGUCUGCCGACGCGGUACAAUGCAU